UCUCUGGAGAGAAUACAAUUUUGGUAAAACAAAAUGUGAAAGAAGGAAAUGGAUCUUAAUUUCUCCGCUGUGAAACCAAACAAUUUUGGUUGCUGAAGCUUUGUGUCCUGUUGUGUAAUACAAGGAAAGUCAAACACAGUGGUUCAUACCAUACCAAAGACCGUUUUAUACAAAACACGCCAAAAGACUUUCCCAUUUAAAAUGCUUCAAAGGAACAAACUCUAUGCAAAGCUUCAAAGGUAUCUCCAGAACCCAAGGACUCAUAUUUUAAGGUUUCACUUUCAACCAAACAUUUAGUUUUUUAAUAUUCUGUGUCAUGGCAAUCCUUAAGAUAACCAAAAAACACCACAAGCGUUUCAACAACCCUUUCCCUUCUUCAGUUUCAACCACCAUCCCCUAUGUCCAAGGCUCUCUCUUCUUCAAUUCCAAAAGAGUUCCUUCGGAUCAAACCUUCUCAAUUGGCACUGAUUUUCAUCUUUCUUGGACCUCCAACAAUGGAGGACACCUCUCAAUUUCUCAUCUUUCUCAUCAAACCAGACCCAUUUGGUCAACGAUUCCAGGACAGGCUUUUGUCUCAGCUGCACUUGUUGACACAGAAGUUGAAGAAAGUAGAGGAUCCUUUCUUGUCAAAGACAAAGAUGUCCAUUUGGUUUGCAAUCACCAAACCAUUGAGGAUAUUAGGGUGAUUGAGGAUAUUAGUCAAUUUGAUCAUCAUUUGGAAUGUGAAGUUGCAGAUUCUCCUUGUGUGUCACAAGGGUUGGAAAAGAAAAGUGAUGCACAAGAGAUUCAUCUUCCUACUUUGAUGAUCACUGGAAGGCUUUUCAAUAUGUCUAAGAAGAGUAAAAGGUUUCAAAAGCAUGGCAUUCAAGCAACUAUGCAGUUUGAAGCAAAAGGGCCCUCUGUGUAUGCAAGGUAUUGGGUUUUGUUCAAUCAGAAAGGCAACCAUGAGGUUGGGUUUCAAGUGAAGAUUGAGAAACCGAACUUCGUCUCACGCAACCAAGUUUCCAAAAAGGCUUCAGGAGUGUACCAGGGCUUUAAGAGGAGGCUAAGUAAUAGGAAAAAGAGACUAGAUUGGUGUUGGUACCUUUCAAGGCCAAGAGGGUUUGUGCUAGUUUCUUCAGUGGAGGAAGAGAUAGGAAACUUGGAUAUUCCAAAACCAGAAGAGUUCAAUAGAGUGUGGUUGACAUAUGCAAGUGAUGAGAAUGAGAGGUUUUACGGUUUUGGUGAGCAGUUUUCUCACAUGAAUUUCAAGGGCAAAAGGGUGCCAAUCUUUGUUCAAGAACAAGGUAUUGGCAGAGGAGAUCAACCUAUUACCUUGGCUGCUAACUUAAUCAGUUACAGGGCAGGAGGUGAUUGGAGUACAACUUAUGCUCCUUCUCCAUUCUACAUAACAUCAAAAAUGAGGUCUGUCUGCCUUGAAGGGUAUGAUUAUACUGUCUUCGAUCUUACUAGACUUGACAGAGUACAGAUACAGAUACAUGGAAAUUCAGUUGAAGGGCGGAUAUUGCAUGGGAACUCACCUUGUGAACUGAUUGAACGUUCCACAGAAAGCAUUGGAAGGCUACCUGAGCUUCCAGAGUGGAUAAUAUCAGGUGCUAUAGUUGGAAUGCAGGGUGGCACAGAUGCUGUACGUCACAUUUGGGAUGAACUAAGGACUUAUGACGUUCCUGUCUCAGCAUUUUGGUUGCAGGAUUGGGUAGGGCAGAGAGAAACAUUGAUUGGUUCACAGCUCUGGUGGAAUUGGGAAGUGGAUGCACAAAGGUAUUGGGGAUGGAAGGAACUUAUCAAAGAUCUUAGCUCUCAGAAUAUAAAGGUUAUGACGUAUUGCAAUCCUUGUCUAGCUCUGGUUGAUAAGAAACAAAACAAAAGGAGAAACCUCUUUGAGGAGGCAAAAAAGUUGGACAUAUUGGUGAAAGACAGCAAUGGAAAUCCAUACAUGGUUCCAAACACAGCUUUUGAUGUUGGAAUGCUAGAUCUAACGCACCCAAAAACUGCAACUUGGUUCAAGCAGAUUCUACGAGAAAUGGUGGACGAUGGAGUUAGAGGAUGGAUGGCUGAUUUUGGUGAAGGCCUUCCUGUUGAUGCUGUUCUAUAUUCAGGUGAAGAUCCUAUUUCAGCUCAUAACAGAUACCCAGAACUAUGGGCCAAAAUUAACAGAGAGCUUGUGGAAGAAUGGAAAAGUAGCUCCCUGGACAAGGUGAAGGAAGAUGAAGACGAGGGCUUGGUUUUCUUCAUGAGGGCUGGUUUUAGAGAUAGCCCUAAGUGGGGGAUGCUAUUUUGGGAAGGAGACCAAAUGGUCAGUUGGCAAACAAAUGAUGGAAUAAAGAGUUCUGUUGUUGGCCUACUCAGCAGUGGAAUUUCUGGCUAUGCCUUUAAUCACAGUGACAUUGGAGGAUACUGUACAGUAAACUUACCUAUAGUUAAAUAUAGAAGAAGUGAAGAAUUGCUUUUGCGGUGGAUGGAGCUAAAUUCUUUUACCACAGUCUUCCGCACCCAUGAAGGAAACAAGCCAUCAUGCAACAGCCAGUUUUACUCAAACCACCAAACAAUGUCACACUUUGCGCGUUCUGCAAAAGUAUACAAAGCAUGGAAAUUUUACCGAAUUCAACUGGUGAAGGAAGCUGCACAGAAAGGAUUGCCCAUAUGUCGCCACCUAUUUCUCCAUUAUCCUGAUGAUGAAUGUGUGCAUCGUUUGAGUUAUCAGCAGUUCUUGGUUGGUUCUGAGUUCCUAGUGGUGCCUGUCCUUGACAAAGGAAAGAAAAAAGUUAAAGCUUAUUUUCCAUUGGGAGAGAGUAGCAGUUGGAUCCAUAUCUGGACAGGAAAAGUGUUUUCCAAACAAGGACGUGAAGAAUGGGUAGAAGCUCCAAUAGGAUACCCUGCUGUAUUUGUUAAGGUUGGCUCCCAGGUUGGAGAAACCUUUUUGAAUAACCUGAGAAGUUUAGGCAUUCUUUAAUAAAGCAUUCAUCAAAGGAUGAACUUUAGAUAUGUAUAACAUAGCAUCCAAGUGAUUUUUCAAUUCUUGCCCCUGAA